GGCCUGGCCGGCCGCUUCCCGCCUCCGCCGCCACCCCCGCCUCCGCCGGGCGCCGACGCCGCCGAGGCCGGAGCCGCGGGACGCGCGGCCACUUGGCCCUGCCGGCCCUGCGCGGCCCAGAGCCGCGGCGCGGGAGGACCCCUGUGGUGGACCAUGAGUCGGUAAUGCCCACUGAGGACCUCUGGGAGCCAUGUCAGACGAAUCUGCCUCAGGGAGCGAUCCAGACCUGGACCCGGACGUGGAGCUGGAGGAUGCGGAAGAGGAGGAGGAGGAGGAGGAGGUGGCAGUGGAGGAGCACGGCAGGGAUGAUGCGGAAGACCUACUAGAUGACCCAUCCCUGGAAGACAUGUGUGGCACUGAGUGUGCCCAGCUGGACGAAGAUGGGCAGCGGCCACCACGGUGCACUUCAACUACCUCAUCUCAGUCUGAGCCUUCAGAGCAGCUUAGGCGCCACCAAGGCAAGAGCCUAGCCUCCGAGGACCCCAAAAAGAAGAGAGCUCAGAAGCCCUCCCAUAUGAGGAGAAACAUACGAAAGCUGCUCCGGGAGGAUCAAUUGGAGCCGGUUACCAAAGCAGCACAACAGGAAGAGUUGGAAAGAAGGAAACGCCUGGAGCAGCAGAGGAAGGAUUAUGCAGCUCCCAUUCCUACAGUUCCCCUGGAGUUCCUUCCCGAGGAAAUUGUCUUAAGAGCAAGCGAUGGUCCCCAGCUGCCUCCUCGGGUGCUGGCCCAGGAAGUCAUUUGUUUGGACAGCAGCAGUGGCAGUGAGGAUGAAAAAAGCAGUAGAGAUGAGGUGAUUGAACUGAGCUCUGGAGAGGAGGACACUCUGCACAUUGUAGACAGCAGUGAGUCUGUCAGUGAGGAGGAUGAGGAAGAGGAGAAGGGUGGCACCCAUGUGAAUGACAUCUUAAACCAGCGUGAUGCUCUGGGGCGGGUCCUCGUCAACCUGAACCACCCUCCAGAGGAGGAGAAUGUCUUCCUGGCCCCGCAGUUGGCAAGGGCAGUGAAACCUCAUCAGAUUGGUGGGAUCCGGUUCCUGUAUGAUAACCUGGUUGAAUCUCUUGAGAGGUUUAAGACCAGUAGUGGUUUUGGCUGUAUUCUGGCCCACAGCAUGGGUCUGGGGAAAACUUUGCAAGUGAUCUCCUUCAUUGACGUCCUCUUCCGCCACACGCCAGCCAAAACUGUCCUUGCCAUUGUGCCGGUUAAUACUCUUCAGAAUUGGCUGGCAGAGUUCAACAUGUGGCUUCCAGCUCCUGAAGCCCUUCCAGCUGACAACAAGCCUGAAGAAGUCCAGCCUCGGUUCUUUAAAGUUCACAUUUUGAAUGAUGAGCACAAGACAAUGGCAGCUCGUGCUAAAGUGAUGGCUGAUUGGGUGUCAGAGGGUGGGGUGCUGCUGAUGGGUUACGAAAUGUACAGACUCCUCACCCUGAAGAAAUCCUUUGCCACAGGUAGAUCGAAGAAAACCAAGAAACGUUCUCACCCGGUCAUCAUUGAUCUAGAUGAGGAAGAUCGACAGCAGGAGUUUCGGAGAGAGUUUGAGAAGGCCUUAUGCCGCCCUGGCCCCGAUGUGGUGAUUUGUGACGAGGGACACCGCAUCAAAAACUGCCAGGCCAGCACCUCGCAGGCCCUGAAGAACAUUCGCUCUCGCCGUCGGGUGGUGCUGACCGGGUACCCCCUGCAGAACAACCUCAUUGAGUACUGGUGCAUGGUGGACUUUGUGCGCCCAGACUUCCUUGGCACCCGGCAGGAGUUCAGCAACAUGUUUGAACGCCCCAUCCUGAAUGGACAGUGUAUUGACAGCACGCCUCAGGAUGUUCGCCUAAUGCGUUACCGGAGCCACGUAUUGCACAGCCUCCUAGAGGGCUUUGUGCAAAGGAGAGGCCACACUGUGCUGAAGAUUCAUCUCCCUGCCAAGGAAGAAAAUGUAAUCCUGGUGCGGCUCUCGAAGAUCCAGCGAGAUUUGUACACACAGUUUAUGGACCGCUUCCGAGACUGUGGUAGCAGUGGCUGGCUGGGGCUGAACCCCCUCAAGGCUUUCUGCGUGUGCUGCAAGAUCUGGAAUCACCCGGAUGUGCUGUAUGAAGCCCUUCAGAAGGAGAGUCUGGCCAAUGAGCAGGACCUAGAUGUGGAAGAGCUUGGCUCAGCGGGGACUAGUGCCCGCUGCCCGUCCCAGGGAACAAAAGGCAAGGGGGAAGACAGCACCUUGGCCUCCUCGAUGGGAGAGGCAACCAACAGCAAGUUCCUACAGGGGGUUGGUUUCAACCCUUUCCAGGAGCGAGGCAACAACAUUGUUACAUAUGAAUGGGCUAAGGACCUUUUGACUAAUUACCAGACUGGGGUCUUAGAGAACUCUCCCAAGAUGGUACUGCUUUUCCACCUGAUUGAGGAAAGUGUGAAGCUUGGGGACAAGAUUCUUGUAUUCAGCCAGAGCCUUUCCACCUUGGCUCUCAUCGAGGAGUUCCUAGGGAAACGAGAAGUGCCCUGUCUACCUGGUGCUGAUGGGCAAGGAGUACAGAAGUGGGUUCGAAACGUCAGCUACUUCCGGCUAGAUGGUAGCACCCCUGCCUUUGAGAGGGAGCGGCUCAUUAAUCAGUUCAAUGAUCCCAGCAACCUCACAACCUGGCUAUUCCUUCUGUCUACAAGGGCCGGGUGCUUGGGUGUAAAUCUGAUCGGUGCCAACCGAGUGGUGGUGUUUGAUGCUUCCUGGAACCCUUGCCAUGAUGCCCAGGCAGUAUGUCGGGUAUACCGUUAUGGCCAGAAAAAGCCCUGUCAUAUCUAUCGCCUUGUGGCUGAUUUCACCCUUGAAAAGAAGAUCUAUGACCGUCAGAUUUCCAAGCAGGGCAUGUCAGAUCGGGUGGUAGAUGAUCUCAAUCCAAUGCUGAACUUUACCCGGAAGGAGGUGGAGAACCUACUGCACUUUGUUGAGAAGGAGCCAGCUCCCCAAGCAUCCUUGAAUGUAAAGGGGAUCAAGGAGCCAGUCCUGCAGCUUGCCUGUCUGAAAUACCCUCACCUCAUCACCAAGGAGCCUUUUGAGCAUGAGUCAUUGCUCCUUAACCGAAAGGAUCACAAGCUGACCAAGGCUGAGAAAAAAGCAGCAAAGAAAAGCUAUGAAGAAGAUAAGCGCACAUCCGUCCCCUACACCCGCCCAUCAUAUGCGCAGUAUUACCCCGCCAGUGACCAGAGCCUAACCAGCAUCCCUGCUUUCAGUCAGAGAAACUGGCAGCCAACACUGAAGAGUGAUGAGAAGCCUGUGGCCAGUGUUCGCCCUGUGCAGUCCACCCCCAUCCCCAUGAUGCCCCGGCAUGUCCCACUGGGAGGCAGUGUAAGCUCUGCCUCUAGCACAAAUCCAGCUAUGAACUUCCCGAUCAACUACCUGCAGCGCGCUGGGGUCCUUGUGCAGAAGGUGGUCACCACAACAGAUAUUGUUAUUCCUGGACUCAACAGCUCCACAGAUGUGCAGGCAAGAAUUAAUGCUGGUGAGAGCAUCCACAUCAUCCGUGGGACAAAAGGGACAUACAUCCGCACCAGUGAUGGGCGGAUCUUUGCUGUCCGGGCAACUGGCAAACCGAAGGUCCCAGAAGAUGGUCGGAUGGCUGCCUCAGGUUCCCAGGGGCCUUCUCUCGACUCCACAAGCAAUGGCAGACACAGUGCCUCAUCACCCAAAGCCCCCGACCCUGAGGGGCUGGCCCGGCCCGUCUCUCCAGACAGCCCAGAGAUCAUCAGUGAGCUCCAGCAGUAUGCAGAUGUGGCUGCCGCCAGGGAAUCCCAACAGAGUUCCCCAAGUUCCAAUGCCUGCCUGCCUGGACCCCCAGCCCAACUUGUGGACAGCACUGCUGUUCCUGGGACAGCUCUCGGGACUGAGCCUCGACAUGGGGGUCAUUGCCUCAAUAGUUCCCUCUUGGUGACCGGCCAGCCCUGUGGUGACAGGAACCCAGUGUUGGACUUACGGGGCCAUAAGCGAAAGUUGGCCACACCACCUGCUGCCCAGGAGUCAGCCCGCCGGCGGUCCAGGAAGGGCCACCUGCCAGCCCCCGUGCAGCCGUAUGAACACGGGUAUCCAGUUUCUGGCGGGUUUGCCAUGCCACCCGUCUCCUUAAACCAUAACCUCACCGCUCCCUUCACUUCCCAGGCUGGGGAGAACUCCUUGUUUAUGGGCAGUACCCCCUCCUACUACCAGCUGUCCAAUUUGCUGGCAGAUGCCCGCCUGGUAUUUCCAGUGACUACUGACCCUCUGGUGCCAGCAGGCCCCGUCAGUUCCUCUUCCACGGCUACCUCAGUCACUGCCAGCAACCCCACCUUCAUGCUCAACCCCUCUGUUCCAGGGAUACUACCCAGCUACUCACUCCCAUUCUCACAGCCACUCCUGUCCGAGCCAAGGAUGUUCGCGCCUUUUCCUUCCCCUGUCUUACCCAGCAACCUUUCACGGGGCAUGUCUGUCUACCCAGGCUACAUGUCCCCACAUGCAGGCUACCCAGCUAGUGGCCUCCUCCGGUCCCAGGUGCCUCCAUUUGACUCUCAUGAGGUUGCUGAGGUGGGGUUCAGCUCUAAUGACGAUGAGGAUAAGGACGAUGAUGUGAUAGAGGUCACUGGUAAAUAGCUGGGGAGCCCCUCUCCACCUCACUUGGGGCCCCCGGCAGGUUGCCCACCAAGCUGAAAGGCAGCAAUCUGGGCUUUCUGAGAUUGGGCACUUGGCAGGAGGGAAAAGGAAGAGGACAAAGAAAGGUGGUUGACCAUAAUGGCAGGGCUCUGUUGCUGUUUAACAAAAGAGGCAAAAAAAAAAAAAAAAAAAAAAAAAAAGCCAACAGAGCAGCAAUAGUGGGAAAUCAGGGACCCAAAACAGGAAUGGAGGGGCAGGGCAGCCUGCCUCUCUUCCUGCCUGCCUUGCUUAUGCUGUGUGCUUGCUUGCUUGCCAUCUGAGUAUAGAAGCUCACAUCCCAUUUCUGUCUUUGGGAACAUUCUCUCCCAAGAGAGCUGCCUUACUGGGUGACUUAGCUUGGCCUAGAGAGGGGAGGGGAGGGAAGAAGGGUAAGUGAAGGAGGGUGGGCAGGGAGAGCAGAUGGAGAUUUCAUGUGAAGUGGAGUCCUUUUAGGGGCAGGAAAGAAGCAGACCAGGUAUGUGUGUUUGUGUGUGUGCGCGCGUGCAUGUGUAUGUUUAUGUCUAUACGUGUAUGUAACAGCAGGGAUGGAGGUGGGAGGGGAGGGUGGGAGAGACUAAGGGGGAAACUAAAAAAUGAAUUUAUUGUUUUUAAAGUGGAAAUAAGAGUGUGGUGGUUCAUGGCAACUAUUAUUAGGAACAUUGGGAUGAGCCCAGGAGAAGAGCCAUGGAACCCAUAAGUUUCCUUCUAGUUGGGUGAAAAGAAGGCCCAGCUAAUCCAAGUCCCUGGUUAUCAGAGCCACAUUUAUUUUGAAUUUAGGGGAAAUUAUGAGAGAAAAUGGGGCAUUAUCAAUCUCUGUAUCUUUCCCCAGUGGUUGUCUCUGAGCAGAUCUCCCUUCCCAGGGUGUGAGAUUGUCUGUGUGCAGAGGCUGGGACAGGGAUACUGCGGUAUAUGAGCAAGAGAUCAUGGAGUUGUGGCCAGAAUAGACCUUCACAAGGAUGGAACUGAGCCCCCACCUGCCUAUCCUUGUGGCCUUUCCUUUUCCUUUCCUUCCCCUCUAGAAAGCUCCAUGUUAAUUUAUUUUUUAUGGGCAAUUAUUUAUUAUUCGGACUUUCCUUGUGUCUUGUUUGGGGGGGGGGGGCUGGAUUUGGGAAGGGUAGGGAAUAGGAAGGGAAAUGUUAAGAUCUCCCAGACCCCAUAACUGCUGGUGAAUAAAUCCCAGGUAGAUGGUGAAUUGACCAAGGAAAGAGAGUUAGGCUUGACCAAAGGUUACACUAAACAACUGUGUUUUCGGGAAAUGGCCUCUCAGGAAGAUCAGAGAAUCUUGUGACUGGAUAGUUAGUGGGGGUGAGACUCAUUCCACAGAGAUUGAAACUUGGGAUCAUGGAGUUUGCUCUUGGGAAGUCAGUGACCCCCAACUUGGAACGAUGUCCUCUUCGGAUGACCUUAGAGGCAGGCCCUCUGUGCUGAACAGUGAAACUAUGCAUUGGUGACUGCUGGGUUGAGAGAAUAGGCUGUUGGUUUCCUAUUGGGAAAUGCUGUGGCCUCCUCAGUCUAUCAGAUGAUUACUGUGGGCCUAGUGUUUGUUAGCUCUGUCCUCUGUGAAGGAACACAGAGCAGCCCUUCCUCUAUAGGAGCCUUAAGUCUGGCUUUUGUCUGAAAGAAUGCAUCAGGCAUUCUGGGUCUACCUUUCUUGUCAGUGGUGGGGAAAGGGGCAUCUAAUCUUUAAGUAUAAACACUGGCUGUCUUCCUAUUGGCUGUUUUUCCCCCUGCUACCAAGACUUUGCUAGGCAGUUCUUUAUGAUGAACAAACCUGUCUGGCUUUAGAGUUUUGCCACCUAUUCAUGGGUCAUUCCCCACUGAGCAGCUGCUGCACUUGCCUCUUCCCAACUUUGGAGGCAGCUUAGCCAGGUCACCCCUAAUAGUAGCUGCUUCUGCAAUUCUUCUGACCAGCCUGUUUCCAUUGUUGUAGGGCUUUAGCACAUUCUGGGGUAUUGUCCCCAGAGAAGAGACAAGGAAAUGGCUGAUGGGGCUGCAUGCAUGUGUGUGUGUGUGUGUGUGUGUGUGUGUGUGUGUGUGCGCACGCACGUGCGUGCAUGCACAUGCGCGCGUUUAUGUGCUGUCUGGUUGCACCAAAAGUGGAACUUAAGGAGCUUUCACUCUCUGUUUUCAUAGGUACCCUGUCAGACACUUAACUCUCCUACUCAUAGAAGCCUUAGAUCUACAAUUUAGCUAUGCAAAUUAUUUUAAUGAUUUUAAAAUAGCAGUUCCAACCAGUGCUUUCUCUUCCAGAUGCAUCCCAAGAAUGGAUGCUGAAGGGACUCAGUUGGAGUGGGCUCUCAGGUUUGAGACUGGUGCAGUAGGAGUGAGCUAGCCUGGAUCUCUGAUUUGCAGAGCACACUCACAACCUGGGCUACAAUUGAUGCCUCUAAGGCCCCGGAAUACUGAGAUCCCAGAGACGUGUGUGUGUGUGUGUGUGUGUGUGUGUGUGUGUGUGCGCGCGCGCGCGCGCGCGCGCGUGUAUGUGUGUAUGGUGUUGGGGAAGGAGGAGUAUGUCUGUGUUCACCUCUAGGAAAUUAUAGCAGCAGGCUCUGAGAAUCUGGAAACUAUCAGCAAGGAAUUGAAACCAGUCACUGGAGGGAUGGGUCUCUGAAGGUACCAGGAAGUGAAUGGGUAUUCUGAGAGGCAGCACAUACCUUUUCUCUACCCACCGAUUCCAGGGGCUGGGUCUUGUUUCAGGUCAGAAGAGGCAAUAGUUUUGGGAGGCUGACCUGGCUAGAGAAGACUUUCUUUGAUAUGUGCAGCAUUUAUUGUAUAGGGGGGAUAGGGUGGGAUCAUGGGAAAUUGGAAUGCUACCAGUUUCAUGUUUGGGGGUUUUUUGUUUUUGUUUUUUAAUCUGAAAAACACUUUUCUGACUUUUCUGCUGUCUCUUUAUGUAUGCUGGUAGGCAAGUGUGCAUGCACACCAAACAUGAGCAUGUGUGUGAGGGAAGCAGGAAACGUCUCAGAGCCCAAGAACAUGUUUUACAUGUUUUACAGCCUCUUUGAUCAGAAACACUUGGUGGUGGCUUCCACCUGCCAUCCGUCCAGGGCUGAGUAAAGGAAGGGUGGUGAUAUGGGAUGGAGGUGGGGGUGGGGUGCAGUAGGUCAGGCCCCUCAGAAUUUUCCCUCACCAUUGUCUUCCAUAGGAUGUAUUCAAGCCCCAUCCAUCUGGUUUAGUUAGCCUAAAUCCUCAGGCUAGGGUAUAUAAUACUACAUUAAUGAUUCAGGAUUACCAUUUGUAAUGAUACCCAAUUUCCUUUUCUUAAUAUCUUUGUGGAUAAAAAUUGAACCAGAGACAAAGUAGCCAUUUCAGUAAGAAAGUAAGUGAACCAUGUUGGAUCAGAUCAUCGGAUAUCUGCCAAGUCCUCACCCCCUCAAGUUAUGCUUCUUGAGCAUCUAUUUCUUUCUGGUCCCUGGAACUCUCUUCCCUAGGAAUUAGUGUGUGGUAUUUCUCUGUAUACUUGUGAUUCAAAACUAAAUAUGAAAUUCCCCUCUCUAGGGCAUGAAGCAAAUAGCUGGGGUAAAGUUUUGCUGAUAGGUUGAAACACUCAACCAAACUGUAGCAGUCUGGAUGGGACUGUCACUCCCAAAGCUUUCAGCAGAGCAAGGCCCUCGGUUUCAGUCCGUUUGAGCCUAGCGUUGCUCUGGAACUGAGUCCUCAUCCCCUGGGGAAAGUCUGGGGGGUUUACAUUCCUUAUUUCUAGUGUUCCUGGCCAUGACCCCCUUCCUCCCACUUUGUUUCCUGUGAUUUCUCAGGAAACCAGUUUCCCUUCUGAGCCAUGGCCUCCUGUGCACUCAGCUAAGUCAUUCUUUCCCCAAAAAAACCUCCUCUGAGAGAAGAGCUCUUAACCCCAAUGGACUCACAGAAGACUUUCUGGCCCUCCUCUAACUUGUUCCCAGGAAAUCUGCACCUCAAGGCCUGAGAAUGCUGCGCUUUCCAUCAGUCACCUUCAGACUCUGUCCCCUUCUACUGACUCUUCUGCCCUACGUGUUCCAAUGUGACUCCUUCAUGUCUCUUCUGUGCCACUAGCUUGGCCCUAGGCCUUUUAUGAAUACCCAAGUCUUAACGAUGAACUUCCCAAGCAGGCAGUGUCCAACUUCUUCACUCUUCAGGGACCUGAGUCUGCCCCUUUCCUUUCACAAGUUAGUUGGUUAUAGUAAUCCAGUGCAUUGGGAAGAGGUAGCCAGGUAGGCUGCAGAGUCUAGUGCAGAGGGCUGGGGAGAUUUGGAUACUCUGUUACCACUACUGGGAUGAUAUUCUGAAGAGGGGACCUCAUACUGUGACCUGACCCAGGACCCUCCUCUGGAAGAGAGCUCAGCCCAAGUGUGUAUGUGCAUGAGUGUGUGUGCGUGUACAUGGGUGCGUGCGUGUGCACGUGCGAGAUAGAGUGUGCACUCAUGGGCAUGGGUGUAAACUGUUAUCUGGUUGUGUUACUCAGGGUGGGCUGGGGGCUCACAGGAAAAAAUCCCCCUCAGCCUGCCCAAGACUGGUUUUUUUCCUGUACCCUCUCUAGAAGGGUCAGGGGAAGGGUCCAGGUGGGUUGAGGGGGUCGCAGUGGAUAACCACUGAGGCCACACUGCUGCCGGGAAGAGUAGGGGGAUAUGAAAUGGCCCCAGGGACCUGGCACUUGGCUUUGGUUUUCCAUCUUCUUUCCUCAGGAUGCCCCCUGAGGCCUGGGACCUGCUGCACCUGGCUUUGAGGAGCAUCUGUGGCUGGGUGCUCCAGCUGCUGGUGUGAUCAUGGGCUUCCCUCCUCUCUCAUCAGGGCAGGUGCUCCUGCCCCAGAGACUGGGCAACUGGCUGUUUCUAUGACGUAUUUAUUUUUACUUGUGUUUCAUGUCACUUUUUUAAAAAAGCAAACAGAACAAUUGUAAGUCAGUAUAACUGCCUAUCAGUUUUCUUUAUUUCUCUUUUUGUAAAAUAAAAUUUAAACUCAAGAAGGCAGUGUUGUUUGAUCAAGGAAUUGUCUGAACAGCUAUUUGGCUGGAUGGUGGUGAAAGGGAUAUAACCAGAGUAUAGUGGACACUGAGAUGCCACUUGGGUUUGGUGGGUUGGGAGAGGGAGGUGGGAAUAGAAGGCAGACUGCUGGCAGGCUUUGUUGCAGUGGGGUUCACUAGGCUUUUUCUGCCUUUGCUCACUGAAGAAAACCACAUUUCCAGGCUAUAAAGGAAACAGUGAAACUGACUCAGAGUAGUUUGAGGAUAGAUGGUCCUCAAUCAAGGCAAGUCCUGUUGGCGCAGCCCUAACCAGAGUGGGUGGCUGGGGAUUAGGUACAGCGUGCAUGCCUUCAGAGGGUGGGAGAUGGCUGGUGGCAGGGUCUGCAGACCAUCUUACACUGUAUAUGUCCUCUCCAUUUGUCCUCUGAGUUAGUGAUUCUAACCACUGCCUCACCGAAUUAGCCAGGCUUUGGAAUAUGAGGAGAUAAGGGAAGGUGGGAGUAGUCCACCCUUUGUCUCUCCAAGUUUGACCCCUGUAAGGGGAGGAGCCCUAGGGAAACAGUCUCUGGAAGUUUACUGGAGGAGAAUUAAAGAAGCUCUGUGGGGAUUUCUUGGACAGAGAAAGGCAGGAGGGAAAAAAGGCUAAAUACGGGCUCAUGAGAGAAUAUAUGUUACUGGGGGAGAGAACUGGGAGUGGAGUGUGGGUAGGGCAGAUGGCUAGGUGAACAUGUCAGCUUUCACCUGUUUCAAAAGGGAAGAGGAACAAUUCACUUGGUAGCUUGUCUUGGCUGCUGCCUCCUGGUGGCCAGCAGAGGUCUUGUGGAGAUCCCUACCAGGGUUGGGCUUGCUCAGUUGGGAAGCUGACAGAGAUAAAGGAGGUGGG